AUUAUUACAGUAACAAUGAAACCAUCUUUCAAGAAACAAGAAGAAUAAUUAUUGCCAUAAUGCAAAAGAUUGUAUACGACGAGUUUUUGGCCUCCGUAUUCUCUACUAGUGGACUAAAGAAAUACCAACUAGAGAGUUCGGCAAGAUAUGUUUAUGAACCAAAUACAAACCCGACCAUGCUGAACGCAUUUGGAAUCGCUUACAGAGUUGGACAUACAUGGAUUCCACAGGCAAUGCGCCUUUUCGACAGAUCGUUACAGAAAAUUUACGAUCCGAAUUUCAACCGUAAAACAGAAGACACAUUUAACAACCCAGACUUGACAUUUCAACCUUUAGCUUUUGAGAGAUUGGCAUAUUACAUGUCUGGAAGCCAGUCUCCAAACACAGACAGAAUCAUUGAAGAAGCUGUGAGGAGUCGUCUAUUUAUAGAUAGAGAUAAUGAUAUAGCAUUUGACCUUGCUGCACUGAACAUCCAAAGAGGACGUGAUCACGGACUUCCGUCUUAUAACGAGUACAGGAAGUGGUGCGGCCUAUCGUCUGUCAGCAGAUACUGGAACUAUUAUGGCGGGAAUUCUGGUUUAGUUGACCACUCGUAUAAAGCCAGAACAAAGUUAAAAUUGGCUGGAUACAGGUCCCCGCUAGAUAUUGAUCUUUUUCCUGGUGGGUUAACGGAGACGCCUGUGACAGGAGGACAAUUUGGUCCCACGUUUGAGUGUAUAAUAGGAAGGCAAUUCCGGCGGUUGAAAUAUGGUGACCGGUUCUGGUACCAGAACAGAGACGCUCGAUUCACAGACAGACAAAUCUUAGCUAUCCAGAAUUACUCAUUAUCAGGAAUAUUAUGUAACAACUACAACUUUGAUAUGGUUCAUUUUCCUAGUGCGUUUCUAUCAAAAACAAACACAUUGAAUCCAUACGGUCAGCGUACUCUUGGAACACACGGUUGGUUCUUUCCUUAUUAUCCACCGACAAAUGGAAAAAGUACCUUGACACCAUGCAACAAAGUUCCCGACCUUGAUUUAUCUAUUUUCAAACCAAGAUUUGCAACAAAGUCAUUCUCGACAGUCAUGGGGACAAAUCAGCUAGACAGCUCAAGCAAAUCCAAAGGAAUGGAAUCACGUGUUGGCACAGACGAGGAGCUCAUUGAGGAGUUAUAUGAGGAAAUUUUUUAAAAAGACCAUAUCAAUUAAACAAACCAGAUUAAAUAGGCGAAGCCAUACUACAUUCAACAUUAUAUGCCUUACUUUCAAUAGCACCUUGUACUUUUCUGAUAUGCUCUAUAUUUAAUCACAUUCAUUGAAUCCAAAACCUUUUACUGUAACUGAAAAAUGACAUAAACUAUCUAGAAAAAAUAUUAAAAAAAGGUGACACAGAAUAGCAAACGAUUUUUUUUUAAUUCUUCAGGAUUCCUAUUUAUAUUUCCGGUUUUACUUCAUUUGCUAAUAUAAUAUAAAACUUAUUAACCUUUUCGACGCUAUAUUAAACUAACCAAUUUAUUAUUUGCAGGGAAAUGUUCAAAAUUUGUACUAACAGUAUAGUGAAUAGUGUAAAGUUAAAAAAUGGCUACUGUUUUAUGAAGUUAAUCAAAACUUAACACUUAUGUUAUUUUGAUAAAAUCUGCUCAAAUAAAUACAACAUCCGGCAUGACAACAAAUCGGCUGGCAAGAAUUCAGUCAUAAAUGUAUAACUUUGGCAACAGGAAAUGCAUAACUAAUUCAGUGUCAUUUUAAAAAAGUCAACCAUAAAAUAAAUAUUCUAAAAAAUGUGCUUUUAUUCGCCUGUAAACAUGUACAUACGUCUGCUUAAUAAUAAAAUAGCUUCAUUUGCAUGAUUA